CGAGUAGAAGUCUUGAGUGCUUGCGACAUAGUGGACAUCACACAUCACAUUGCUUAGCGUUUCGUCGCUAAUUUUUGAAGAUUUUUUCGCGUUCCGUGGUGCGUUGUUUGUGGUUAUUCCCCAUAUAAUUGUUUUUCUUAUAUUUUAUUAAAAAAUUCUUUGUUGUUAAAAAUAAUCGGUGUAUGAUUUAAAAAAUACAAAAAUAUUUCAAUCUGUGAAAGAAAGAAAUUGUCCGUUUUCCUUGAAAUUAUUGAAACACCACGGAAAAUAACAGGAUCCCGUUUCCCGUCCGUUCGAGGUGCGAAAGAGAGAUAGUAGUGAAUAGUGAUAGUGAGAAGAGUCAAAGGGAAAGUAGAAGCAAAGCAAUAACAAGUGAUUAUUCUUCACAAUUCAACUCGAUUCCCAAAUCCCAAUAAAUCCCAACAAUAACAACGUGCGUGUGGUGUUGGCUCUGUUGGAGUUUUCGGCAUAACACACAGAAAAAAAUAGUUCCCCGCUCCAAAAUCCAAGUGCAAAUCCGGAUUCGGGAUUAACCCGGCAUUUAUGAUAGUGUAACCAGCUUUGCAUGCAAAUCGUCGCAUCCUUCCUGUCGCUGUCGGUAGAUUUGUGUCCUUGUUUCGUCCCCCACCUACUACGGUCGCCCGCAUAUCGUUGUUUUUGUCAGUUUUAGUGUUUUUUUCUUCUUCUCUUUAUCUUCACCUCGUCGUCGUCGUGUAGUCGUCAGCGUCACGAAAUAAAUUAGUGGGGUCUGGGGUGUAACAGCAUUAAUUACGGUGUCGUGUAUACGUGAAUCCAGCCAACUGAGGCCAGAAAUCAGAAUCAAAAAGAAAGAUGAUAAAAAAGUGAGUGAAAAGUAAAAAAAGAAGAAAAUAUCGAAUUCACAAAGAGUGAAAUCGAGCAAAGUAAAAAAGAAUAAAAAGAAGAGUUUGUGAUUUGAAAUUUGUGUGCAAAUUGGAAUUCAGGAAUUUAGGAAGCAACUUCAUUGAAAUGCCACCACCAAACAAUAAAAGGAUUACCACCGCCAGCAGCAGCAGCAGCAACAUGAAGGGAGUCCCCAGAGCUAGAGCCAGACGAGGGCAAGGAGUGACAGUAGCAGCAGCAGCAACAGCAACAAUGACUAAAUGGAUGUUGACAUUUGUCUUAGUUGCUGUAUUCGUCGCCACCGCCAGUGCAGUUGAUGAGAUCAAAUCAACAGAAACGAAGACUGUUCAACCUUCGCCAUCACCAUCAUCGCCGAUAGUAUCAUCGAGUAGUGGAACUCCAAGGGAUGAAAUAUACAUCGAUGAUGAGAGUAUCGAAGGCUCUGGCGGACGAGGCGAGAUACAUGAUGAUCUAGAAAAAGAACCCGAUUAUUCAGGUUCUGGCUUUGGACCAGAUGACGAAGAUUCAUCCACUGGCGGCCAUCAUCAUCGCACCAAUACCCAUAGUUCUGGGACAUCAUUGUCCAAUAGCAACAACAAUAACAACAACAACAACGGUAUUAUCAAUAGCAACAACAACAACAACAACGACAUCAGCAGUAGAAUCAAUUACAGUAGCAAUAGCAAUAGCGGUAUCAUCGGUAGUAGCAACAGCAAUAGCAACAGUCCAUCAAGCAGCAGUAAUUCAGGCAUUAAUUCAAUUGGUAAAGACAUUCUGCCAUCAUGGCCAACAUCAAACACAACCAAUUCACAAACAAUCACAUCAUCAACAUCAACGACAUCCUCAACAUCAAAAUCAGAUGUCCUGCCAAUUGGAGGAUCAUCUGACUUUGAUUUUGGCGGUGGAGUUGUGGGUUCAGGUGAUGGUAGAGAUACCGAUGAUGAAGAUGAUGAUGAGGAUGAUGACGACGAUGACGGUGGUGAUAUCGGUGGAAUUGGUAGUGCCGGUGUUGGGGGCGGUAGUCGUCAUCAUAAUGACGAUGAGGACGAUGAAGAUGAGGAUGAUUAUGAUAAUGGCAAUGAGGAUGUUAAUACGGAUAAAAUUGAUCGUCAUGAUGAUAACAAUGGAGAUAAUGAUGAUGAUGAUGAUGAAUAUGAUCAAAAUCGAAACGAUAAGACUGAUAUUUACACAGAUGUUACCGAUCCCAGUGAAGGCAGCGAGAAAACACGACUUGGAGGAGACAAUACCAAUCAAGGUAACGAAUUGGACACAACAAACAUCAAUAAUCUGCCAACGGAAACUAAAGUCGAGCACACAACCGGAAACGAAGUGUUAAUAAUGAACACGAACGAAGAUGAUAGAACGACGAGCUUUUUCGCUCAACCCGGAAUUUUGGCAGCUGUUAUUGGUGGCGCUGUCGUCGGUUUACUGUGCGCCAUCUUAGUGGUAAUGUUCAUUGUUUAUCGAAUGAGGAAAAAGGACGAAGGUUCCUAUGCGCUUGACGAACCAAAACGCUCACCUGCCGUCAAUUCAUACGCGAAAAAUGGUAACAAUCGAGAGUUCUAUGCCUGAGAGAUUCCUAAUCAAUAAAGUUUUUUUAUUUAAAUAAAUAAAUAAAAUCCAAAUAACAAAAACAAAAA